UGCGGCGAGAUUUGUGCUCCCUGAAUAUUUGAUCACCGCAUGGCAGGAUUUACAAACUGCACGUGUCUUGUCCGUUGAGCCAUCUUUUCUUUGGAAUCCAAAGUGCUUCCAAACGAAUGACUUGAAGCCUAAAGGGGAGCAAAUUUCCUCGUCUUUUUGGACACUAGCCAUAGCAGCAGCCCAGGAGCCGCGUACUAGUUGUCCCCUCCCCUUUCACGUGCGUGAUCUGCUCACAACACAACAACGCCGGGCGCACUGCUCCCGAAAAGAGGAAGCAAGCAACAAUGAACUGGAUUUCAAAAUAAAGUCGCGUCUAAUGUCAGAUGUCAAACACGGCGAUAUAAAUCGAUGUUUACCUUUAGCAUCGAUGCCAAUAAAUCGCAGAGCAUUAUAUCGAUUAAUCGAUGUGUAUCGAUGUAUCGUUACACCCCUAGUCCUCACUGAUGUGCACCCCCAGGAAUCUGGUGCUGCUCACUCUCUCCACCACAGCACCGUCGAUGAUCAGCGGCAGGUGUUGGGUGUGACCCUUCCGGAAGUCAACAACAAUUUCCUUGGUCUUGUUGACGUUCAGCAGGAGGUUGUUUUCCCUGUACCACGCGGUCAGAAGAUCAACCUCCAACCUGUACUGAGUCUCGUCGCCCUUGGUGAUGAGACCCACCAGAGUCGUGUCGUCAGCAAAUUUCACUAUGCGGUUGUCGCUCUAGGUUGCAGUGCAGUCAUGCGUCAGCAGGUUGAAGAGCAGCGGACUGAGCACGCAGCCUUGGGGGGCCCCCGUGCUCAGCGUGAUGCUGGCGGGGAUUCUGUCGGCAACAUGUACCACCUGAGGCCUCUGACAGAGGAAGUCCAGUAGCCAGUUGCAGAGGUGGGUGAGGGCCGAGUGGAGGGCAGAGCAGAUGGCAUCCUCAGAGGACCGUUUGCCUCGGUACGCAAACUGGAACGGGUCUCUGGUGGGGGGAGAAUGGAUCUGAUGGCCUCCAUGACAAGCCGCUCAAAGCACUUCAUGAUGAUGGAAGCAGAACGGAGCAGGUUUCUUCGGCACAGGUACAAUGGUGGCAGCCUUGAAACACGAAGCGCCGAUGGCCUGCUGCAGGGAAAUGUUAAAGAUGUCCGUGAAGACACCCGUCAGCUCCCUAGCGCAGUCUUUCAGCGCCAGACCUGGGAUGUUGUCAGGGCCCGCCGCCUUACGGGUGUUGAUAGCGGCGAGCGCCCUCUUCACGCUGUCGGCAGAGAGGCACAGGGGCUGCUCGUGUGGAGGGGAAGCGGUCUUCAGCGGGCAAGUGCUGUUCUGAGCGUCGAAGCGAGCAAAGAAGCGGUUGACAUCGUUGAGCAGACGGAUGUCGCCCUCACAGCUUCGCAGCGCGCGCUUGUAGUCCGUGAUGGUCUGAAUGCCCUGCCAAAGGCUCCGUGCGUCCUUGCUGUCCUUGAAGUGGGUGGUAAUCUUGCAAGAGAACGCCCUUUUCGCCUCCUUGAUGCCCCGAGACAGGUCGGCCCUCGCUGUCCUCAAGCCAGCCUCAUCCCCCGCUCUGAAGACUUUGUCCCUGGCCCUCAGCAGCCUAAGGACAGCCCCUGUCAGCCAUGGCUUCCAGUUAGCCCGAGUGACGAUGGAUUUCGAGUGGGUCACAUCAUCAAUGCACUUCGCGAUGUAAGAGGAAAAAGAGUCAGUAUACUCCUCCAUGUCCAUAUUGUAUUAUGUCCUCUAUGUAGUAUUGUCUUUCUUUACGUUUCACCAAAAAAUGCACUUAAAAAAGUUUGUUGCAUGCAUACUCUUUUUUUUCCUGAUAAAUAUACACACACAAGAAAUGUGGAAUGUUGGAAUAUGAUGGCAUCAACACCUUUAUUGUCUGUGGAUAUUGUUAUCAGCAGGCAGGAACUGUAA